AUGAACAGACAACAAAACCCUCUACCAGGUCUGCGGAUCGCGGCCAUCGCUUUUCUCGCUACCCGCACUGCUGAGGGCCGCACUUUGUGCUCCAACCCGAACAGAGAGCUCGUUCUGGAAUCCAAUUGUGAAAAUCCCAAGGGUCCCGGCCUCUAUUACAUGGUGGCCAGCGAAAUAGACCUACCGGUGGGCACGAAAAUUGACGAAGAAGUGCAACUGAAUGAUAGCUUCAACCCGAUUGACCGGGCAAAUGCCAUGUUUCCUCAAGAUAUUGAAGGUUUAGAAUCGGGGGGUUUUGGAAAACGCCAAUGCGACCCUGGUCAAGGCGGCGGCAAUGGAGGCGGCCGCCCUGUUGUCAUAGUCGGUGGUGGCGCUGUUAUAGGGGGUUAG